AUGCAAAAAGUGACCAAUCACGAGAGCGGAUUAUACGUCGGAAAAGCGGCAAGGUGGUCGGAUUAUGAGAGGGCCUAUUUCAUGCAGGCGAAAUUGCAGGGCGGUGCCAGGGCGUGGCACAAUAGGCUUGAUCAGUUCGACCUCACAUGGGAAGAGUGGAAGGCGAAACUGAUCCAGGCUUUCCCAAGGGAGCAUGAUUUUGCUCGGCUCUUGAGGGAGAUGAUGGGGCGAGUUUUUGUCGAGGACCGUCAGGGGGAGUCCAGUAAGGUGGUCAGGCAGGCGGCUAGGGCGGCAUCUACGGCGAUUAGGUGCUAUAAUUGCCAGGAGUUUGGAACUCACCUGAGCAAGAAUUGCCCCAAACCUAAGGCGGAGAGGUGUCAUGUCUGCAGUGGCGUUGGGCAAGACAAGUACCAUUGUCCCAGGAAAGACGGGGCGAAUCGGGUGGGAGCUUCAGGAACGCAGGUCAACAAGGCGGGACCAAAGAAGUUCCAGAACAUUAUUAGGCGGGAUAUUCCAGACACUUUGGGUGAUUUGGCGAUUACCCCCACCUUGGUAACCCUUAAGGGUUUUGCUGGCGGCGUUACAGUGAAGGGCGAGGUGGUGAUUCCUGUGGUGAUAGAUGGCGUAGAGUUGGUGGUGAAAGCCCUAAUUGCAGAUUGUGAUUUAUCUGGCGCUGAUUUACUUUUAGGGCAACCGGCGUUAGCCAUACCAGAUGUGCAGUUGACCGUACAGGGGGGCAAGGCGGUCCUCUCUCGCAUCGAGACUGUACAGGAGUUUAUUAGCAGAAUCACUCUGGUUGAUGAUGAUCUGAUAGCUAAGAUAACCAAAAGGGUGUUGGCGCUCCAGGAUUUGGUUGUCCAGCCAGGCGAGUCUGCUGAUAUACUGGUGGUGGUUGAAGGUGCACAUAUGGGCGAGAGGUGUUGGAUACCAGCAAGGCGCUACGAAAAUGGUGGUGCGAUUGUGGCGACUGGUAACCACAUGCUUGAUGGCGGUACCUCAGGCGUAGUGAGGGUCAGCAAUGUGGGUACAUGUGCGGUGAAAUGGGCGACUGGACAGGUGAUAGCCAGGGCGACAAUGGUUGGUCCUACUCUUUUAAUGAAGCAAAGUCGGAAUGGUCGACUGUUACAAUGAUUUUCCCUGACUCCACCACUGGCGACAUGGCGACAUCUGGCGAAUGGAAUCGGUAGCAACGCGAAGACAG